UAGGGUUGACGUUUAACUGUUCCUACCACUCCAGCGGUGAGCUGGCAAUGUGGGAUUUGGCCAAGACCGGUAAGCAGAAGUGGAGUCUGUUUGGAACGUCGUCUGAGGGUCAGAACCACAGCCGGAUCGUCUUCAACAUGAGUUCUGUUCAGCUGCAGGACGGCCGAGAGAUUCUCAUCAGCACAUCCAUGGACAGAGAGAUUAAAUGCUGGGACAUGGACUCUCUGAGCUGCUGUUGGACCCUGCCCACGCUGGGGGGUCACGUCUACACCUUGAGCUUCUCCCCAGUGGGCGUCGGCUGUCUUGCGCUUGGCGUCGGGGACAACCUGAUCCGAGUGUGGAAUACGCUAAGCACCCAGAACCAGUACGACGUCAGAUCGUUUUGGCAGGGCAUCAAGUCCAAGGUCACAGCGCUGGCGUGGCACCCGAAAAAAGAGGGGUCCUUGGCUUUUGGAACCGAUGAUGGAAAAGUUGGGAUCUAUGACGUCUUCUCCAACAAGCCUCCUCAGAUAUCGAGCUCCUAUCACAGGAAGACUGUGUACACAUUGGCCUGGGGGCCCCCAGUGCCCCCGCUGUCGUUUGGUGCAGAAGGAAAGCAGAGCUACAGUCUGUACAGCUGCGCCGGCGAGGGCAUCAUCCUGCAACACGAACCAGCGAGGCUGAACGGAGAGGCAUCAGACAUCGACGAGCUCAUCAGAGACACCAACAACAUCCAGCACAAGUUGUCUCCACACACGGACCUCAGCUGGAAGCCGGAUGGGAAGGUUGUCGCCAUCGGCAACGAGGAUGGGAGCAUCGAUGUGUAUCAGGCUCCCAGUCUGUUGCUGCUGUGCAGCAUCCAGCAGCACCACAAGAUCAUCAACACGCUGCGAUGGCACCACGACCACGGCGCUGCGCCGGAACUCCACUGCCUGCUGGCCUCAGGCUCCAGCAAUGCCAUCGUCUACAUCCACGACCUCCGCUCUGUCAUUGAGAAUCCUCCAGAGAGCCCGGCGGUGCUGACUGAGCCGUACCGCCGGCUCUGUGGUCACACGGCUAAAAUCACCAGCGUGGCCUGGAGUCCGCACCACAGCGGCCGACUCGUCACCGCCUCAUACGACGGCACGGCUCAGGUGUGGGACGUCCUGGAGGAAGCGGCCGUCUCCAACUACCGUGGUCACACUGGGUAUCUGCUGUGUGUUGACUGGUCUCCAGCUGAUCCAGAUGUGAUCUGGACUGGAGGGAAAGACUUCACAGUCCAGGAGUGGAAGGUCUCCCAGCAGGAGUUCACCAAGCCCCCUAAAGGGAAGAAGAUGGUCAUGAUGCAGGAAAAGAAGCAGAAGAAGAAGAACAAGAUGGCAUCAGGAUCUGUUGGACCGGCAGAACCGAAGAUCAACGGCGAGCCGGCAACUGAAGGAAAGCAGGCAGAGCAGGCUCUGUCUGAGGAAGACGAAGAGGAAGAAGUCCGAUCAACAAACAGUCUGGAAUCUCCAGCUGUUAUUGAGGUACCAAGGAAAUCCACUCCUGCUGCAAAACUUAAAGACAAACCAGACCUGAUGAAGAAGAAGAAGCCUCGCUCCAUGCUGCCUCUCAGCACAUCCAUGGACCACAGGCCCAAAGAGGAGCUGCUGCAGGACUGCCUGACUCUGGCUUCAGUCAAACACUCCAGUGCGCCACCUGCAGGCUGUGUCCCAGGCCAAGGAGAUUAUAUCCACCUGGGUCUGUUUCAUGACAGAGAGGCUCUGCACCGCAUGUUUCAGGCUGAAGAGGAGAGCCAUGUGGAGGCGGGCCACUACGACUCUGUGGUGUAUUUGCGCCUGUGGAGCGGAGACCUGCAGGGGGCGCUGCAGCUCGCCACGGAGAGAGGAGAGCUCAGUGACCACCUGCUCUCCAUCGCUCCCAUGGCUGGCUUCGAGGUGUGGAGCCGUACGGUGGAGGCCUUCGUCAAGCAGCUGUGUCUGCAGGAGCAGUUCCUGAAGGCAGCGUCCCACCUGCUGUCCAUCAACAAGCUGUACGAGGCUGUGGACCUGCUGAGGUCCAACAAGCUCUACAGGGAGGCCAUUGCUCUGGUGAAAGCCCGGCUCCCUGCAGACCAGCCUCUGCUGAAGGAUCUCUACACAUGCUGGGCUGCUGUGCUGGAGAAAGACGGACAUUUAUCUGCUGCUGCUAAAUGUUACCUCGGUGCCGGCUGCAGUUUUGACGCAGCCAAAGUCAUCGCCAGGAAGAACGACGCCCCGUCUCUGAGGACGGCGGCUGAUCUGGCGAGAAUCUCCGGAGAGGAAGUUCUGGGCCAAACUCUGGCUCUGAGAUGCGCUAAAGACCUGGCCGCUGCUCAGGACUGGGUCGGAGCACAAGAGGUUCUGAGCUCACAGAGCCCCCUGCUGGCCCACAGGCUCCAUCUGUGUGUGGCUGAACUGCUGGCUGCGGCGCUGGAGGACUCUGGCGUCCUCGCCCCGGCUUCCUGUGUCUCCACUCAUCUGUGGGCAAACCUGAACGGUUACACCACCUUCCAGGACAGAGCGAGAGACAUCUGGGAGGAAGAGUUUAACGUUUGCCUGAAUUCAGCUGGAGAUCGGAGCAUCAGCGCGCUUCUGGAAGAGCUGAAGUCUGUGGAGACUCCAGCACGGAGCGCCAGCAUUCCUCUCAGACAGGUCCUGCUGUACUCCUCGGUCCAUCUGACUCGCUCGCUGCUCAGCUGGCUGCUGAGCGACGACGGGCGGCUGCUGACGGAGCUGUGGCAGGCUGCGGCUUGGAUCGGAGACUCUGGACACUUUGAGGUCUCUGCGACGUUCUGCCGGCUGCUGUUCCCUGAAGGUGACGUCAGGAUAUUUUCCAGGAAACAUUCCACAACACUCCACCUCUCUGAAGCUGAAGCUGAAGCCGAAGCCGGCAGCCUGCAGGCGGUCGUCUGUUACCACCGUCUGUAUGAGUGUUGGUGGAGGGACUCGGUGGUCCAAAAUGGACCCAGCUUCUGCAUCAACGACGAGCCGAACGACCAGGCAGGAGCGGCAGAGUUGAAAGAGCGGUGCUCUCAAGGACUGGACUUUGAGCCAUCGGCGCUUCUAUCAGAGCCUCAUGCGGCCUGUCAGGCCACUCAGAGGUCAGUGAGAGAGACCCAGGAGCGACUGUCCACCAUGGUUCUGCAGCACAGCCGGGUCCAGGAUGGACGGACGGACUCUGGGAACCAACAGGAAGGCAGUCAGUCUCAGACAGCAACCUCAGACGUUGAGCAAGGAUCUGAGGAGGAGGAAACUUUCCUUUCUUUGUCCUCAAAGAUGUCCAAACUCCAACAGACCCUAGAAAACAUUCCCAACACAAUCAAGAUGUUUCCUCGUCCAGAUGUGGUGGAAUGUUGCCUUGUUCUCUUGCAUCUCGACAAGUCGUCUUCUGUUUCAGACGUCCUUCGACAACAGGCCAAAGAUCUGCUCCAAAAAUACGGAACCAGUCUGCCUGUCCUGAAAGCGUCCCGAGGAUUCCUGACGUGAUCUGGUUUUCCUUUAGACUGAAACACCUCACUCGCACAGCUUUUUUGGAAAUGAAAUAAAUCUUUGAAACAGA